CAAAGUCUCAUCAAAUUUUACACUGAUUUUACACUGGUGAAGAUGUCGUUGCAAGAACAAUUUGCGAACAACCUGGAAAAACAUCUUAGAAAAACUCCAGGAUUUGGCACGAUGCCAUUUUCUGUUAUAUUAAUCGGACUGGAAAUGUUAAUGGAUCGGGAAUUUUCGUGCCCGUGUACACCAGGCCUUAACGUGAUACUGAUUAGCUUCAUCUUUCUUGGACCUGCUCUUCUGUCUCUGACUGUGAUGUUGUUCAUGAGAAGGCCUUGCAGACGUAAAUCGCAGAAUGUCGCAGAGCUGUUUUUAUUUACCCUGAUUCCGUCUUCAUUGUGGAUGUUUUUGCUGCUGUUUGAGGGUGAAUAUGUUGCUUGUGGCAUGGUACACUGGGAAGGAGAUUACGUUUUGGAUAAUGAGCUCCAGAUAAAAUGGUGCAAACCCACUGGAAUGAGUGACGCCGGAGUGAACAGAACAGACCUGCGAGAACUGACCGAAAAAUUCACUUUCUACUCGAGGCUUUCAGCUUUAGCGCUACUGUCAGUCCUCUGCAUUUCCAUCUUGACUGCCAUCGUUUACAGUGACUGUAAGAAAAGAGCUGUGGAGCAAGUGGAUAAACACAAUGAACCAACACAAGAAACAUCUCUCAGUGGCUCAGAAGCAGAAGUUCAGCAGCAACCAGUUUGA